GCGGGCGGGGGGCGGCGUCCUGGCCAUGGCCGGCCUGUCGGACCUGGAGCUGCGGCGGGAGCUACAGGCCCUGGGCUUCCAGCCAGGACCCAUCACCGACACCACCCGGGACGUGUACCGCAACAAGCUGCGCCGCCUGCGGGGCGAGGCCCGGCUGCGCGGCGAGGAGCGGCUGCGGGAGGAGGCCCGGCUGCGGGGCGAGGAGCGGCUGCGCGGGGAGGCCCGGCUGCGCGAGGAGGCGCCGCUGCGAGCCCGGCCCGCCGCGGCCUCCCUGCGAGCGGAGCCCUGGCUCUCCCCGCCGGCCUCGGGCUCGGCCUACGCGACCUCCGGGGCCUACGGCGACGGCGGGGCCUCCGCGGCGUCCUGGGCCGGGAGCCGCGGCCUCGCCUACCCCGCCCGCCCCGCGCCGCUCCGGCGCCGCGCCUCGGCCCGGGGCAGCUCCGAGGAGGACGAGGACGCCCGGCCGCUCGACAGGGCCGCGCCGGGCCACGGAGGCCGUCGCUGGUGGGCCGCGACCCCGGCCCCGGCCCCGGCCCCGGCCCCGGCCCCGGCCCCGGCCCGGCCGCCCUCCGCCCUCCUCGGCGCCGACCCGCGCCCGGGCCUGCGGGCCACGCGAACUGGCCCUGCGGGUGCGGCGCGGGCCCGGCCCGAGGCGGGGCGGCGGCUGGAGCGCUGCCUGUCCCGGCUCCUGUUCUGGGCCAGCCUGGGGCUGCUGCUCGUCUUCCUGGGCAUCCUCUGGGUGAAGAUGGGCAAGCCCUCGGCGCCGCAGGAGGCGGAGGACAACAUGAAAUUAUUGCCAGUGGACUGUGACAGCAAAACAGAUAAGUUCUGUCAGGCCAAGCAGAAGGCGGCCUUGCUGGAGCUGCUGCAUGAACUCUACAACUUCCUGGCCGUCCAAGCCGGUAAUUUUGAAUGUGGAAAUCCAGAGAAGCUAAAAAGCAAAUGCAUUCCUGUAGUGGAAGCCGAGGAAUACCUAGCAAAUGUGACCGGCAACUCCCCUGCCAAGUUUGAAGCUGCGCUGACCUGGAUACUGAGCAGUAACAAGGACGUGGGCAUCUGGUUGAAAGGGGAAGACCCAUCGGAAUUGGUGACAACUGUGGACAAAGUGGUCUGCUUGGAAUCCGCCCGCCCCCGCAUGGGUGUGGGCUGCCGCCUGAGCCGUGCCCUGUUCACCGCGAUCACCAACCUGCUCAUCUUCUUCUGGUGUUUGGCCUUUUUGUGGGGGCUCCUGAUCCUCCUGAAAUAUCGGUGGCGGAAGCUGGAAGAAGAGGAACAAGCCAUGUAUGAGAUGGUGAAGAAGAUUAUAGAUGUGGUCCAGGACCACUACGUGGACUGGGAGCAAGACAUGGAGCGCUACCCAUACGUGGGCAUCCUGCAUGUGCGAGACACCCUGAUCCCUCCACAGAGCCGGAGGCGCAUGAAGCGUGUCUGGGACCGGGCUGUGGAAUUCCUAGCAUCCAGUGAAUCCCGGAUCCAGACAGAGUCCCACCGCGUGGCUGGGGAAGAUAUGCUGGUGUGGAGAUGGACUAAGCCCUCCUCCUUCUCCGACUCAGAGCGAUAAAUCCUGGGCGGGGACCUGUUCCCAGUCAGCCUGUCCCAGGCCAGUCCCCUCCAGGGGCGUGAGAAGGCCACCAGACCUGCCAGUGCUGAAUUCACGCUUGCCUUGACUUUCACCCUCCUCCCCACUCUGGUUCCAAAGGUCUCUCUGUAAGAUUCUUGAGAGAUUAGCUUGUAGGAAAGCUUGGGCUUCCUUGAAGGGCAGCUGCGGGGUGGGGGUGGGUGGCAAAGCCAGUGGCCAGGUGGGUAGCUCGUCCUCUGCAUUGGUCCAAUCCUCUCUGCCCCGUGGCUGGCAGGAAGGGGGAGAAGGGUUUGUUUCUGAUGCUUAGAGAAGAUGAAAGAGCAGCAGCUGGGAGACCCUGCAGAGCAAGUAUGCAGUCAGGUGGGCUGGAGCUCUUCCACCACCGGGAGCACUCAGCAGGGUGGGCGUGGAGCCUGUGGGAGGUGGGUCGGGAUGGCAGGCGGGGGCAGCAGGGGUUGGGGAGCGGUUUGGUCCAUGUGCCUUCAGAGGGUGUUACCGGGAGCUCAAGGGUGAGGGGAGAAAGCCUGUCCUCUAGCUGGGUUGGGCCUCUUUUAUCCUGAAGGGGUAAGGUGCUAGAAAGUAGAACAAGUACUGUAGAAGAUCUAGAAAUGCCAGGUCCUGGCACACGGGACCCUCCGGUCAGGAGGGGUGAGCUGCGGGGGCGGCCAGAGGGCAGGGCCGCCCCGUGCCACCCGCAGGGUCAGAGCUGGGCCUCUGCUGUGGUGCUUCUCACAGUGCGACACUGCGACACUGCUGCGUCGAGGAGGAUGUGGAUUCCGGGAGCUUGGGAGUGCCACGUCUCCAUUGUUCGACGAUCGCCCCUCUCCAGGGCAACCACGGGCGGCCCCCCUGCAGGGCUGCGGGGCCGUAGGGCCAGAACUUGAGGCCGACCUGGGGGGCGCGGGGGGCGGGGGCCACAUGGCUGCCGGCCGCCGGGAGCAGGGCGCCCUAUUAACUCAACGCGAGGAGCCCCUGGAGCAGAGCCUCGUCCCCCUGCGCUCUCCUCCGAGGCAGGCGGUAGAGGGGCGAGCCAGGGCGCCGACAACAGCGCCUCCAGAAGACAUCAGCCACCCCUUGUCGGUCUUACUGGUAUUUUUUGUUUCCUUAAUAAAGCUCCAAUCUCCCUCAUUUGAGCAAUACUCUCUCAUUUCCUCUGAUGUCUGGAAGAUCGCGGGGCUGGCUCCGAGUGCCCGCCCCACGGCAAAGCAAGGGUCUAAUCAGGCCCCAGCCGGAAUUCGGAACGCGGCAACAGGCUUCACUUCAGGGUUGAAACCGUUGGAUAAAUAAACUAUUAAAAAUGGA